UUGUAGAUGAAAUGUCACCGUCAAGAAAAAUAAACAUUUUAUUCACUGAAGGAACUCUUUGAAUUAUUUCAAUUUUGAUUUUAUCUCACCUGUAUUGUCAAGAUAGAUGGCGUUGCUAACAAUGAAUAAAAUGUUUACUGAAUGGUUGAUUGUCUUACUCAUUACUAUGACACAUUCAGAAUUAUUGUCAACAAUGAAUCCAAACUAUGAGAUUUUUGAAGAUUUCAAUCCAUCUUUGACCACACCGAUCAGUAGAGUUGCAUACUUGAAACAAUUAUUACGAUCAUUGUCAUCAGAUCUACUCCAGCCAGAGUAUUUGGAUACUGUUCGAUUGAAUGAUAUUAUUUCAAAGUACCAUCAAUUCAUAAAUAAUCAUUAUCCUCUACCUAGUCAGUCAAAACAAUCUCAUCGAAGUAUUACCUUAAAAGAUUCAUAUAUCAAUCCAUCACGAUAUGUUAAACGUGUUCUAGCUAAUUACAAAAGACAAGCUAUUCUAGCCGACUACAAACGUUCAACGCAUAGAAAUGUACCAUGGCUCAAUUACAAGUGAAAUAGACGGUUUUAUCAGUUUGAUUUGGGAAAAAAAACAACUUUCAGCUUAAUCGUAAAUCUUGUUUUCAAUAAAAAGCCUUUGAAAUAAGU